CUUUGCGAACAGCAGCACCCCACUAAUAACUUUUUAGUAUCUUUUUACCUGCUAUUUGCAUUAAACCAAGCCCAGCUUCGUUCGACAAAUAUAAACCCAACACAAACAACACGGCCACGAUGAGGCCUCUAACCGAGCAAGAGACAAAGGUUCUCUUUGAGAAGCUAGCAAAUUACACAGGAAACUCCCUAAAAAACCUAAUCGCGCCUCUCGACGACUCCCCCGACGCCGACCGAUAUGUCUUCCGUCUGAAUCGCGACAGAGUCUACUAUGUUCUUCUCUCCGUCGCAAACCUAGCCACCUCCGUGGCACGGGACAACCUAGCAUCUCUUGGUAUCUGUCUAGGCAAGUUCACCAAAACCGGAAAGUUCCGUCUGCACAUCACGGCGCUGCCCAUCCUCGCCGAGCACGCGCGGUACAAGCUGUGGAUCAAGCCGAACGGCGAGAUGCCCUUCCUGUACGGCGGCAACGUCGUCAAGGCGCACGUCGGCCGCUGGUCCGACGACUGCCCCAGCCACCAAGGGGUCGUCGUCUACAGCAUGAGCGACACCCCCCUCGGCUUCGGCGUCACCGCCCGCAGCACCGCCGAGGCCCGCCGCCUCGACCCCACCGGCAUCGUGUGUUUUCGGCAGGCGGACUGCGGCGAGUACCUGAGAGACGAGGAUACGCUGUUUGCCGGUUGAGGUCGAGGUAACUGGGAAGGAGAGAAGUGCAUAGAUACCUAUGAAGUCCACCUACCUAAUUUGGCCGACGUUGAGUUGGUCCGGGGGAAGGGGGGACGGUAUAUACAAAAGUGUGAUUAAAAAAGGGCCAUCCGUUGGAAGGAGGGAGAAGGGGGAGGCUCGGAGUUUGGAAUUUACUCGUGUUAUAUGCAUUGGGGGCGUUCUAAGGCUAUAUCUAUCUA